AUGCUGAGAACGAAGUUAGUGGAUUCAAUUGAAUCAAAGGGAAUCGGUACCAUUUUACAUAAUCCAGAGGCUAAGAAACUAUUGGUGAGCAAGCGAAAUGGUGACGUUGAAGUAUAUUCUAUGGAAAAUAAAAAACUGAAAUUAUUUCAAACGUAUCCACAGCUUUUGCAAAGUUCACACACAGAAGAAACGGUCAUCAAAGGUUUAUAUGUGUCAGAAGAGUUAUCUACUGUGUUCGCUAGAUGUGAAAAAUCUUUGUUAUUGUUUAACAGUACUAAUUUACACAAAUAUGAUCAAAUUGUAGAUAAGAGAGGAAUUGACAACUGUUGGCUUUUUGAAGUAAUACUGCCGAAUGAAGAUGAUAAAAUGACUUAUCUUGUAUACUCUACCAAAGCUACUUCUAAGCUCAGAAUGUUGGUUUGGGAGGGACGGAUCUAUAAGAAAAUUGUGGAAGCAACUCUCGGCUCAGAAAAGGAAUAUGUACAAUCUGUGGAAUCAGGGCAGACCGGAAUAAUAUUGGCAACUAAUGUGGGAGUAUACCAUUGGUCGUAUGGUGAAUCCGUCCUUUCAAGAAUUGAUAAGAUUGUAAAAAGAAAAUACCCUGUGGACAUGGUUGAAGCCCUUGAAGAUUUGAAAAAAAUAAGCAUAGAUAAAGAACAUGCCUCAGAUCUCACUUCUAAAACAAGUCACUCCGUAGUAUCUACUAGCAGAGUCACCAAAAAAUCAAGCAUAUUGAAUUUUUGGAAAAAGCAAAAAGGUCACAAUGCAGAGCCUCUCACCAAGGUACGAUAUACUUUCACGCCGUCAGCGGAAAAGCAUGUAAUGUUUGAUGGAAUCACAAAAAAUUUAUUUACCUUCGGAUUGACUGAAAGAAAUCUACCCUACAUGGAAGCAUCCAAUAAUAGCCAAUUCAUCGAAUGGAAUUGUGAAUUCUUUCGUAUGCAUUAUCUGCCACCAAAUCUUCUCAUUCUGAGUAAUAAAACUACAAUAAGAUUUGUUGACUACAGAAUUGGAUUCACAUUUUUGCAGCAGGAUAUACCAGAAGGCAUACAAAAAGUGGAAGUCAUUGGCAGUUGUUUUUUCAUUGUUUGGACUUUGAAAGAUCAAUUAAAACUUUUCCACUACCAAGUAGAUGAUGGGUCCGAUGAUUCUUUCACUGAUGAUGAAUCGAUAUGUGGUAAUAUUUACGACUCUGAUUUCUAUCAAUUAUGGAGGAAGGUCAUAUUUUAUGAUUUCUUUUUAAAUUCACCUGAUGCUUUACAGCUUUGCGAAUCUCCUGAUCGACAAGAAUCAUUAAAUUUAUGUGCGUUGAAGCUGAGAGAUUUGACUGUUCUGUUUUGCCUUGCAGUAUUUGAGCGCUUUGAGCAUUAUAUGAAUCUUUGUGCCGAACAAAAUUCAAUUGAUAUACGCUGUAUCAAACUUCAAGAGAUUAUCGUAAAAGAAAUAUUUGAGAAGUUUAUUAAGUUUUGGGCCCCCCCACAACUUGUGAUUGCGAAAACAUUCCCAUCAAACACAUCCGAUUUAGUAUGGGACAUGACAGGCCAAAAACACAAUUGCCUUACAUCGAAUGGCAAAACACGAGGAGUUUACGAUAUACCUAGUGAUUUAGUGAGGAAGUGGUUAUUACCGUACCUGGUAGAUAUUAGGAGAAUCCUGAAAAAUAUGUCAAAAAAUGAAACUGUUGCAUGGAAAUUAUCCAAAAGAAAUAUUGAAGUUGGUCUAGAUUUUUUCCUACUUAAUAACCAUGGAUCCUUUGAGAUUUCGCAUUUAUUGAGUUUAAUUGACACCGUACUGUUUGAGACUUAUCUUCAGUAUUUUCCCUCUAUGAUCGGUCCACUACUGUCUGUUGAAAAUAUGUGCGAUUAUGAUAUUGUCGUCGAAGAGCUCCGUAAUAGACACAAAUUUCAAGAGCUGGUUGAUUUUUUAUCCAAGAGGGGCAAGCACGAAGAAGCUUUAGGCUUUUUAACUGAUCUUUAUAUAGACGCAGAGGGUCACGAUGAACUUAGAGAGGGCAUUCGACUACUAGUUUUGAAUUAUUUGAAAAACCUUUCGGGAGAGUUCCUGCAGAUUAUAUUCAAGUACACUGAAUGGCUUCUACAAAGAUUUAGUCCCAAAGAUAGCAUUUUAGAGGAGAUAUUCCUGAACGAUAGUCCAUUAUGCGCUAAUCGCGAUCAUUUACAAAUAUAUGAAUUCAUCGAUGCUCUAGACAGCCAAAUAUCGUUGGAGUAUCUGGAGUUUGUCAUCAGUGACUUGAACUCAAAAAACAUUCGAUUGCACACUUUGUUAAUAAAAUGUUACUUCCAGGAUCUUGACAACAAGAUUUCGCGGAUCAAGUUAAGAUCUGUCUUGGAGAGUACAUCUGUAUACGAGCCGAGAACAAUACUCAGAUUAUUAGAGGAAGCAGCAAAUCAAAUUUCAUCUUCCAAUACUGACCAAUACAUUUUUGUUGAAAGACUCAAGGUUUAUCCGCUUCAAAGAUUAGGGAGCUAUGAAGAGGCCGUCAAUAUUCUUUUCGAUGAACUAGAGGAUUAUGAUGCUACCUCUGUUUUCUGUGAAAAAGUCUACAGUAAUGAUGCAGAAGCUGGAAAAUCAACUUUGCUGCAUUUUUUCAAAAAACUAAUCAAAUCCAUUCAGGCUGGUAAGAAUGCCAUGCUCGCCUUGUUUUUGCAGGAGCAUUCCUCCAAAUUGAACACCGUGGAAAUUUACGACUUACUGCCAGACUCAGUCUCUCUCUAUGAACUGAAAGAAGUAUUGCUACAGACAGUAAAAUCUCAUUUUAUCAAAAAGGAUGAAACAAGGAUAAAAAAGAAUCUUUUACAAGUCGAGCUUAUAAACAAGGGGUACGAGCUAAAUAAGGAACUCGCUAAGUAUGUCAUAAUUGAGGAGAACUACAGGUGUCCGAUAUGUAAAAAGCCAUUUGGCACUUUAACUACGGACACAACGCUUUUGUUUGAUUCUGACAAUAGGAGCUUUGUGGUACAUUACACUUGUGGAAGAGCUUUUGAGUUAAAGAUGCAAGCUAAAAGAUCCAAGGAUGGAAUGGGUGCCAAUAAACGAGUACGUGAUUUCAAAAGCUCCGAAUGA